AUCGCUAAUUUUGUCAACCCAAAUUUACGUACAAUUAAAUAAUUAACUAUUCAAUUUGGACAAGCCUGCUAAGUAAAAUGAACUUCUAAAUGGGCUUAAAAAUCUUAAAAGAGGCCCAUUAAAGAUCAUCUGCUCGAAACCAGCAGAGUCAAAGAGCGGCAAAUCGUCGCGACACUUUCCUUCCUGAAUCUGUUAACGUUGGCUUAGAGGCUACAAUGCAAGGAGGAUCAUCUGGUAUCGGUUACGGUUUAAAGUAUCAGGCGAGAUGUAUAUCGGAUGUGAAAGCAGAUACGGAUCACACCAGCUUCCUCACUGGAACACUAAGCCUCAAAGAAGAGAACGAGGUUCAUCUGCUACGUCUGUCAUCUGGUGGAUCUGAGCUGGUGUGCGAGGGUUUGUUUUCGCAUCCUAAUGAGAUUUGGGACCUUGCUUCUUGCCCUUUUGAUCAGCGCAUCUUCUCUACUGUCUUCUCCACUGGCGAGUCAUUUGGAGCAGCGAUAUGGCAGAUUCCUGAGCCGUAUGGUCAGUCAAAUUCAUCAACUUUGGAAUGUGUUGCCUCCCUUGAUGCACAUGUUGGUAAGAUCAAUUGCGUUCUGUGGUGUCCCUCUGGAAAAUCGGACAAGCUAAUCAGCAUGGAUGAGCAGAACCUUGUGUUGUGGAGUUUAGACUCUUCAAAGAAAAGUGCUGAGGUGGUAUCUAAGGAGUCGGCUGGUAUGCGGCAUUCUUUAUCAGGUGGAGCAUGGAAUCCACAUGAUGUGAAUUCUGUGGCAGCGACUUCUGAAUCAUCUAUCCAGUUCUGGGACUUGAGGACUAUGAAGAAUGUUAAUUCAAUUGACCGUGCUCAUGUACGUAAUGUUGAUUACAACACCAAGAGAGAACAUAUACUUGUCACCGCAGAUGAUGAAUCUGGCAUACAUAUCUGGGAUCUUCGGAAAGCUAAGGUUCCUGUCCAAGAGCUCCCUGGUCAUACACACUGGACAUGGGCUGUCAGAUGUAACCCUGAGUAUGAAGAACUAAUUCUGAGCGUUGGAACAGACUCAGCUGUAAACUUGUGGUUUGCUUCGGCAUCUAGUGAUAAUCAAGCCUCAGAAAGGUCGGCAGAAGCAUCGCGUCAGCGUGUGAAUCCGUUGCUAAAUUCUUAUACAGACUACGAAGACAGUGUGUAUGGCCUGGCUUGGAGCUCUCGCGAGCCUUGGAUUUUUGCAUCAUUGUCAUAUGACGGCAGGGUUGUGAUCGAAUCCGUCAAGCCUUUCUUGCCGAGAAGAUAGGUACAUGCAGCUUGGCAAGAAGCUGCAUUAUCUAUCAUGUUUGAACGUUUUUGAGAAGAAGCACAAGAACAAAGAACUAUUAGUGUAACAUGUUUCUGAUGUCUUUGGUCAUCCCUGUCACUCAAGUCGCAAGCUAUACAGAGAUUUGCUACAAUUCAGUUUUAUUAUAUAAGAUUCUUUAUCAUAAUGAUACAUAUGCCCUCUUUGUUUUCCUUUUAAUAUAAAGCUACAUCUCUGACCAA